AUGAAAAAGAGAUCCAGCGAAAAGAGAAAAAUUAGCUCCGAGAGUCAUCGACUCAUCGAGGAAUUGUACGUUCCGGCGAAAAAAAAUUUUCCACAAAUACGCGUCAUAGUUCGAGGAUAUGACGAUCUAUGGCAGGCUGAUAUCGUCGAGAUGCGUCCGUACUCGAACUUCAACAGAGGCCAGCACUACAUACUCACCAUCAUCGAUGUGUUGAGCAAGUACGCAUGGGUCGUACCGCUCAAGAGUAAGAGUGAAAACGAGACAGCUGAUGCUGUUGUUGAGAUAAUUCGAGCAAGUGGAAGAUGUCCUAAAAAUUUACAAACGAAUAUGGAGAAGGACGUCGGUAGUCUAGCGGUUCAAUCGUACACUCAAAAGCGAUAUGUGGAAGAUGUUUACACUCAACGGCAAUUACAAGUGGAUCGACGAGCUGCCGCGUCUCGUAUCAGAUUACAUCGCACUAUCGGCAUGUGGUCCACCGACGUAACUCCCGCGAUCGCCGAAAGUCUCUUGGAUACGAUGUACAGCGUGAUAAAAAUCGCUGAUCCAGCAAAAUUCAAAGUGGGCGAUUCGGUACGCGUGUACAAGACGAUUUUUGAGAAGGGUUAUACGCCAAAUUGCACCACUGAAGUAUUUACGAUCGUUAAGAUGCAGCGUACCAAUCCCGUAACUUAUCUACUCGAGGACUAUCGCAGAAAAUCCGUCGCUGGUGCAUUCUACGAGCACAAGUUACAUCGCGCUACUCAUCCGGACGUGUAUCUCGUGGAGAAAGUACUGCGCUAG